AUGCUUAUGCAUAAAUUCAUUGAGAUUGAAUGCCUUUGCAUGGAGUCUGCAGAAAACAGAAUUGAGUUUAUCAGGAAGCUUAGAUAUAAAGGCACUAGCCAGCCAUGCAAGCGCACAUGCAUACAGCGGGGCUCGGCAGGAAUAAAAAUGGUUAAUCAGAUCAUGAAGCGGCCAUCACGAGAUUCGGCAUGUUUUGCACUUGAGAUAAUCAGAUGCCUGUAUGUGUACGAGCCAAUGCUUGGGACUCCAAAAUACUCGUUGGACAAAGCAUUGGUAAGCCUUUGUGAUAAAGUGUUUGUUAACGAAAUAUAUGAGGAGAUAGAAAGAAGAAUCAGAAAGCAUGCUUUACAGACAGAAGAAAGCAAGAAUGUUGACAUCUGUCCUGAAAUGUGCUCUGAAGAUAUGCUGCUUGAUGAGGUUCUUGUUGGAUAUUUCAUUAUCAAGCACAGGAAGUAUGGUGUUUUCUACGCGAGAAUUGUGGAUUUGAUUGACAGAGUUAGUCCAAGGCUAAGAUCAAAGGCAAUCAAGGCUUUCAAUGGAUUAGCUCAAAUAGGAACAAUGCACAGGUUUGAAGUAGAAUUGGAAGGGCUUGCUGGCAUACUGAAACAGAAGUGCCCGAAAGCAGUAUUGGCGCAAAAGAAAAGCCGUGUAUUUGCUGAAAACGAGUGGGAAUGUGUAAGGCAAAACUAUCUGUUGGCUUCGUGUUUCUAUGCCAUUCCGGAGACAGUUGCAAUACCUUAUUAUCAUCUGAGAAGGAACUUUGGGAUUGAAUGUUUUGCAUACAUUGAAUGCUGGAAUGGAUUUGUAGAAGGCAAUGGACUUGAUGAUCUUGAUGGAGGCACAGAUGCUCCGUUGUUGAAAAGCCUGUGCUUUGGAAUGUGUAUGAACAGAACAUACAAUCUGAAGCUGAUGGAUGAAGUGAUUACAAGGACUGUAUCGUUUGAAAGGAUGUUUCUGGAAGGAUAUACAAGUGUUGUAAGGCAGAAGCAUCUGAUUGCAAAAUCAAAGUUCAAAGAAGCUCUAGAGGCAAUCGCUGGGCUUGGAAUGGCGUGUGUGCCUGAGAUUCUUCUACAUGUGUAUGAUUUUCUUUCGCUAUCGCACAUGUACUGCGGAGAGUACUUUGAAUGUAUUUUUUACCUGGGCAAAGGAAUUGAACUGGCACAUAGGCACCGCGUUGGUUUUAUAGCAACAUACUUUUUGAACUGCAUGUUUGCUGUAGAGCGAAUAUCAGGGAUGCAUGGGCCUGCGCCAAAGAUUCGGCUUAAUCUCUGGAGAGGCAUUCAUAGCAUUGAGGAUGUGAUAAUGGACGAGAGGUUUGUAGCAAACAAUAGAAUAUGUGCAAACGUUGCUCUUGAGAAGGAAACAAGCAACUUAAGGGAGCUUAGGACAAUCGAGAAGUUUGAGGCAUUCAAGCCGUCUAUGCUUUUUGGCAGUAUAGAAAGAGCAUUGCUGUUGUUUACGGGAUGCUCUGUUAUUUCGUUGUAUUGCAUUGAUCGGGACUUGUAUGUGAAUGAUUUCAGAAGGGUUUUCAAGGUUUUCGAUGACUUUAUAGGUGCUAAGGAAAGGAUGAAUAGGAUACUUAGAAAAUCAAGAUGUAUUCUAAAAGAAAACAUGAAUGGAUCUGUUGAUAAAGCAAUAUGGUGGGCAGAAAGGAUGAGGAUGGAUGUGGAGCUUGGCGCUGUUUUAUCUGAUGUUAGCAGAGGGUUUGAUGUGAUUGGAACAGAAUGCAGGGUGAUUCUUGUGUUAGAUGAAGCAACAACUGAGUUUCCGUUUGAAUCGAUGCCGGCUUUCAAAUCCAAAGCUGUUUAUCGGGUUCCGUCGCUGGAGUAUUUUGAAAAAUGGUUUGAAGUGCAUUCGAGCGGGUUAGUUACUGUUGAUGCAAGCGAACGGUCUGUGUUUUAUGUGUUGGAUCCAGAAGGCAAUCUACAGAAGACACGAGAACGGAUUUCCGAGGGCUUGCGUGUGCUUGGCGUGACGAAAGGAGUGUGUGGAAGAGGUUUGUCGAGUAAAGAAUGCAAGGAGGCAAGCGAGCAUGAUACAUUACUGUAUUUUGGUCAUGGAAACGGAUCAAAACAUUUGCGAACACAUGGAGAUGGCAAGACGGUGCUUUUAUUUGGAUGCAACAGUGCAAGGCUUCUGUGCAUGAAGAACUACAAGAGAAAUGGGUUUUUGAUGAAGCAUUUGAGCAGAAACUCAACGGUGAUGGGAUGCCUGUGGGAGGUUACUGAUAAGGACAUAGAUAUUUUUAGUAUGAAGGUUAUUGAAAGGCUGAUGAAAGGUGAGGAAUGCCUUGGAAAGCUGGCAUCGAUGUUCAGGGAUGCGUUUAAGAUGAAGUAUUUGAAUGGUGCCUCAGUUGUUGUUUAUGGCCUUCCAAGAAGACAAUGA